AUGGCGCCUGCCCGCCCAACGUCGGCCGCCGCCCGCAGCAAACAUGGCGGCUUCCCUUCAGUUUCUAUUGCGCCCGCCCCAUGGCGGAAGCGAUUGCGGCCGUUUGAAUUCCAGCGAAGCCGCCAAAGCCGCGCACAAAGGAGCCGGGGCUCCCAUCGCCGGCGGGACGCGCGGGCCGGCGCCGCCAUGGACUCGCUGCCGGGGGAUGACCUGACGCUGCCGGUGGCGUUUGAGGGCAGCAUCUCCCAGCCGCCAGACGUCUCCCGCGGGGAUCCCCAGCCCGGCCCGGCCGGCAGCGAAGUGUUACCAGAUGUGACAGAAGAUACAGUCUCACCGACGAGAGCUCGGACCAUGAAGGACUAUGAAAAUCAAAUCACUGAUCUGAAAAAAGAGAACUUCAACCUGAAGCUUCGUAUCUACUUUCUGGAGGAGCGAAUGCAGCAGAAGUUUGAUGGUCCCACUGAAGAAAUAUACAAAAUUAACAUUGAGCUGAAAGUGGAGAUAGAAAGCUUGAAGCGCAAUCUGCAGGAGAGAGAGAAACUACUCAUCAAAGCCUCAUGGCGCCCGACGGCUUGCUCUCCCUUUGCCCAGCUGGCAGUCGCCAUGUCCCCCGCCCCGCUCUGCCCUCAACCGACAUGGCGCCUGCCCGCCCAACGUCGGCCGCCGCCCGCAGCAAACAUGGCGGCUUCCCUUCAGUUUCUAUUGCGCCCGCCCCGUACGCUCCUCCCUUUUGGCUUCAGCGGCUUCACCUCCGUCGACGCAAAGAUGGCGGAAGCGAUUGCGGCCGUUUGA